AUGUUGAAUUCACAACUCAGAGUUGAGACUGAAAAAGAUCAAAAUUAUGAACAACCAACAAAUAAUAAUAACAAUGAACCAAGUAUUACAGAUAAAGUAUUAUCAAAUGAACAAACAUCAGAACAAUCAACUUUACAACAAUUGGAAUCACAAGCUAAACCAGAGGAAAGCAUCAUAACAGAGCAAGAAUCAGCUCCUCUGCCGACUUCAAACAUAGUUAAUGAAGAAUCCAAACAUGAAAAGCAGAUUAUUAGUAAGGAAUCAGAAUCUCAACAGCCAAGCACUCAUGCAGAGCAAAAGGAAGAGCACACUCCUCAAGAUUUUCCAUCUGUUGAAAUUGCAGAUGAAACUACAGAUGAAUUCAGAAGAAACUCUGUAAGAAAUGCAUUUUUACAUGCAUGGAGAGGUUAUGAAACAUAUGCAUGGGGACAUGAUGAAGUAAGACCAUUAACAAAUGAUGUAAACAACUUUGGAAAUAUGGCUGCGACUAUUGUUGACAGUUUAGAUACUAUGUUUAUUAUGGGUUUGAAGGAUGAGUUGGAGAAAAGCAAACAAUUUAUCAGUACUCUUAGCUUUGAUAAAGACCAAUGGGUAUCUGUUUUUGAAACUACCAUUCGUUAUGUUGGUGGAUUUUUGAGUAUCUACGACCUUACAAAAGAUUCUGUCUACUUGUAUAAGGCACAAGAAAUUGCUGAAAAAUUAUUGCCUGCAUUCCAUAAGGAUACAUCUUUCCCUCACACUGAGGUUAAUCUUCAAUCAGGAUCUUUUAGAAAUGCUGAUUGGCAUAGAACCACAUCAAUUCUAUCUGAAGCAGGAUCUAUUCAAUUGGAAUUUAAAUACUUGUCAAAACAUUCAGGUGAUAGAAGAUUUGCACAACAUGCCCAAAAAAUCAUGGAAGUAUUGGAUUCUCAAACCAAGGCAUAUGAAGGUCUUUAUCCAAGCUAUCUCAAUACUGAAAAUGGUGCUUUCCAUGGAGACCAUAUCACUUUAGGAGCUUUAGGAGAUAGUUUUUACGAAUAUCUUUUAAAGCAAUACUUGAUGACAGGAGAUGAAAAAUUCCACAGAAUGUACAGAGAAUUUGUUAGAGGUCUCAAGAAAUAUCUUAUCAAAAGAUCAACUCCAAACAAAUUAGUCUAUAUUGGAGAAAUGAGAGGUGGGGUUGUACAAACAAAAUUUGACCAUUUGGUUUGUUUUGCUGGUGGCAUGUUAGCUCUUGGAUCUCUCGAAUCAAGUAAUAUUGGAAUGAAUGUUACAAGAGAAGAAUUGGAUGAAGAUAUGAAUUUGGCUAAGGAACUUACUCGUACAUGUUACGAAAUUUACAAAAGACAACCAACAGGUAUUGGAUGUGAAAUUGUAAACUUUUCAAGUGAAACAGAUGAUUUCUCCCUUCAAGCUCCUCAUUACAUUCUUAGACCAGAAGCAAUUGAAUCAAUCUUUAUUUUGUACAGACUAACUGGUGAUAAAAUGUACAAGGAAUGGGGUUGGAACAUUUUCCAAUCUAUUGAAAAGCAUUGUAAGACUCCAAUUGCCUAUGCAGGUCUGAAGAAUGUUCUAAUUGUAGACGGUGUGAGAGAUAAUGCUAUGGAAUCCUUCUUCCUUUCUGAAACUCUCAAAUAUUUGUAUUUAUUAUUCACAGAUGACCAAAUUCCUCUAGAUAAGUAUGUGUUUACUACUGAAGCUCAUCCACUCUCAAGAUUUGACACUCAAUAA